AUGCACACUACUUUCGGCCAGUUCCUCGUCGCCAGCGUGAUCGCCGCGUCGGCGGUCUCGUCACUCUCCUUUGCUCCGACCGGCAAUGAGGUGGCUCGCCUUGUGAUUCCCGCCUUGGCCUUGGCAGCUCCCGCUUAUGGUCUGCCUACCCUCCAGGCUCGCUCUCCUCACCACCAAGGAGGCGGCGGAGGCAGGGGCAAGGGCAACGGCCGCAACGGCGCCCGGGACCUGACCGAUGAUGAUGAUGAUGAUGAUGAUGAUGACGAGCCCGAGCUCGAGUCCCGUUCGCCCCACCACCAGGGCGGUGGCGGCGGCGGCCGAGGCAAGGGCAACGGCAGGAACAACGCCCGUGACGUUGAGACGCGUGAGCCCCAUCACCAGGGUGGUGGUGGAGGUGGGCGUGGCAACGGCAAUGGCAGGAACAACGCUCGGGAUGUUGAACUCGAGACUCGUGAGCCUCACCACCAGGGCGGUGGAGGUGGAAACCGAGGCAAUGGCAACGGCAAUGGUAGGAACAACGCCCGUGAUGUUGAGGAGCUAGAGACUCGCGAGCCGCACCACCAAGGAGGUAACGGUGGAAACCGGGGAAACGGUAACAACCAGAACGGUGGUCGGGACCUUGAAGGGCUUGAGAUUCGCGAGCCUCACCACCAGGGCGGAGGUGGCAACAGAGGCAACGGCAACGGCAACGGCAACGGCAACGGCAGGGGUAACAACUAA